UCCAUUCUUCCUUCUCCAGACACAACUCCCCAGCAGCACAAAAGAGCUUCGAUCCACAUCUACGCCGAUCCAUCCAUCAGAUCAUUAAGACGAGCAGCAAAUCCAUGGGAGCGGGGAUGAAGCGCGCGAGGGAGGAGGAGCCAGCUGUGUCGCUGGCGCUCUCUCUCAGCACAGACUCCUCGACGUCCACCACCACCUCGGCCGACUCGACCGGUGCGCUGGCGAAGGCGGCCGCAAAGAAGAGGGCACGGCGGGGGAGGGUGGUGGCCACUUCGGGGGAGGGAGAGUUCGUCUGCAAGACUUGCGGCCGGGCCUUCGAGACGUUCCAGGGGCUGGGCGGGCACCGGACCAGCCACCUCCGUGGCCGCCACGGGCUGGAGCUCGGCGUAGGCGUCGCCAGGGCCAUCACGGAGCAGAAAAGGCAAGAGGAAAAGCAGCAGCACGACUGCCACAUCUGCGGGCUGGGCUUCGAGACGGGCCAGGCGCUCGGCGGCCACAUGCGGCGGCACCGCGAGGAGAUGGCGCUCGACCGGUGGGUCGCGCUGUCGAAUCAGGAGGCGGGGCACCAGGCCCCCGCCGACCGGCUACCGGUCUUGCUUGAGCUGUUCGUCUAGCCUGCUAGCUGGAUCUCAGUGCUUGAUAGUGGAUCUCAAUGCUUGUUUGUACAUGUCUUUAGAAUCAGAUAGGCUCAUUAUUGUUCAACGUUGUAUAGAGUACGUUUUUCCGGGUUAGCGUUCCCGUCCUUGCUGGAUCUUUGCUUUGGAUCGGUCCCUUUUUUAACCGAUAGAUGGAUGAGAGAUUUACAUGCACCUUUUCUUUACAUGCACGGUAAUCUUGUAUACAUAGUGAAAAUACAUUCGUUUGUUCCUAAUGCA